GCGCGGCUCUCGGGGGGCCGGGCGGCCCCUGCGGUGGGGUGAGCUGAGGUUUAUAAUGGAACUUACCUCUUUGCCUAAAUUCCUUUGGACAAGUGACAACAAGCUUCUGCAUCACCAUUUUCCAGACAUACUGGCUACUGUUCAUACCACACAAGACAUCCCUGAAGAAGUUGUUUUUGGACCAUGCAUGCUCCAGAACACCCUGCUGGACACUGUAGCUUUCAUUGCUCUCAAAUGUUCUGACAGACGGAACAUCCACUAUGUAUUUAAGGUGGAUGUCACAUCUGUUCACGGUCCCUCAGGCCUGCCCUGGAUGAGACUUGUACAAGCAGCUGCCCAUAGCAAGGAGCAGAACUUGGAAGCUUACUUGGAAAACAGUCAGUUAUACUAUCGCUCCACCAGGAAAAUCAGCAAAAACGAGGAGCUGCUUGUCUGGUAUGAUGAGGAGCUUUCCAGCCUCUUGGGUUUCAAUGAGAUAAAAGCUCAGAGGCCCCAGAAUGAGUUGAGAUGCCAAGAGUGCGACCGAGUCUUUAAAUGUGAGCAUUCCUAUCUGUCCCAUGUCCGCUUCCUCUGUGUGCCAGAGAAGAGUGCUCUGCUAUGGAGAAACUUCCAGAACCCUAAAACUGAAAAGGGCAGCCUAGCUGAGCAGACCACGAAUUUCCACAGUCUGGCAAGGGACCUGGAAGUUAAAAUGGCAGCUUGUAAAGAUGAUGCUCAUGGUGUUAUUGGAGAAAGGAGAGCGAAAUCUGAAGAUGCUGAGAGCAACAGGAGCAGGAAAACAGUGCUGUUGGAGAAAACCAAUAACUUGACUGAGGAACAUAACUGUGGGGGCAAGGAAGAGGUUGGGGGAGAGCAUGCAUUGGCUGGGUCUUUAAGGAAGCUUAGUUCAGGGAGGCAGUCAGCUAGGAAGGAUGCUUUAGAGCAGAAGCAGAGUGCUUUCACUGAGGUCAGGAGGAUGAAAGAGAAGCUGAGGAAUGAGAGACUGCAGGAGCCAGAGCAGGAGGAUGGCAUGGCCCCACUUGGUAAGGAGCAGGUGUCAAAGGAAGUGCUGCUGAACUCCUCUGGUAGUGCUUUCUCCUUUGUUUGGCCCACCAGAGCUCGAGGAGAACAGAAGAGUGCUUUCAGCAAGCCCAGUAAGUGCAUAACAGAAAGAGCUGCAGUAAAUUCCUCUCAUCCCAUGAGUGAGUCAACAAAGAGCCUGGGGGAGCUGUCUGGCUUCAUUGCCACCGCAGACAUCAUGUGCUGCAGCAGUCUUCUCAAUUCCAAGUUCUUUGUCAGUGAUUUGUGUAAUGCUCAGAUGCUGCAGACAAGCAUCACUCGGAGCAGUGUUUUCCCAUAUACCUCAGAACCGUGGCUCAAGCAAGCAGGAGGACAAUUACAAAACACCACCACCACUUCCUCCUCCUCCUCCUCUUCUUCCUCUUCCUUGACUCUUCUUCCUCCCACCUUCACCUCCUUUGGAGUGGCUGCCCAGAACUGGUGUGCCAAAUGCAACCUGUCCUUUCGCAUGACGUCUGAUUUAGUCUUCCACAUGCGGUCACAUCACAAGAAAGAGCAUUCCUCAAGUGAAUCCCAGUGCAAGAGGAGGCGGGAGGAGAAGCUGACGUGUCCCAUUUGCCAUGAGUACUUCCGAGAACGCCAUCAUUUAUCCCGGCACAUGACUUCUCAUAAUUAGAGCUGUGCAGGCAGAUGUCACCAAGGGACCCCGCAGGUUGGAUGAAGAAGGGAAUGAUAGUUCACUUAAAUCCAUUUCUUUUUUGAGUUUACAUUAAUUUCUUUCAGGAAAUCACUGUUUACAAUAAUUUAUAAUAGAUGCUUUGUGAAAAAAUAUUAAAUGUUUACAAGAGUC